CGUCCAUUGCCAUAUCCCCGCUAUCGCCAUCCAAAUUUGUAGAUAUACCCAAUGGGCUUUAUGCGCAUGCACUUCUGAUUCUCGCCUUCUGCUUUGUUCCCAUCUGCCAUUCAGCCUUUCCGCGCUACUGCAAAUCCGACGCGACUGCCUUCCCAAGACGGCCCACCCGCUGACAAACGUUCACUGUCCCCGUCUCGCGACUCGAAUAACCCCGAAGAGUCACCAUCCCAGAACACACACAAUAAGCUUUCGUCGUCAGAGGCCUUCUAUCUUGCGUCAUUGUUCAGCCUCUUGAGCUGGCCAACCACAAUCAUGAAGCUCAUACUCUCUACCUCGAAUACCAUGUCCGGUGGUCCUUCCGUAAUAAGACGACCCUUCUUCGAGAAAUCAAACACCGAACUCACUUCCUCCCUCCGCGCAAACUUCGCCGCCCACCAACCCUCUCCAACGCCCUCCAAAACAAACUACGCAACGUGGACCACCAAGGCCGACUCAGCCUUAUAUGUACCCACGCAUACACCAUCACCUCUUGCUGAACCCCGAGAAUCAUACGACAUCACAGUCAAACUAUUCUACCUCCCCAACAUACCCACAGACCGGCGCUGCGCACAAACACGGGAAGCGAUAGAGCUCGUACUGAAGGAACUGGGUACAUCAUCUAUAGAUCUCCUGAUCGUAAGCUUCCCAGGAAUAACAUUCGACGCCGACGAUGAAGAUUCCGAUCUCGACGAUGACGAUCCGCCUUCGCCCCCAUCUGCGACACAAUCCACCUCCGAGAACACUGCGGGCGACUGCCCCGAAGCCGGGGCACCACCAGAAGACAUAGAAACCAUGGUAACAACAUGGCGCUCGCUCGAGAAACUCCACGCAGAAGGUCUCGUAUCAAAACUUGGAAUUGCGGAAUUCGGCGUCGCGCGCCUGACCAAGUUCCUCGAACAAACAAAGAUAAAACCAAGUGUGAAUCAGAUCAAUGUCAGGGACUGCUGUGUUGUACCCAAACCUUUGAUACUAUAUGCUAAGCAACAGCAAAUCGAGCUGCUGACACAUAAUGACUGCACCAACAUCCUACCGCGCGGGACACUACGACAAAUACUUGGAUCAGGUGAAGAAGGUUCGGGUGUGCUGGCAGGAAAUGGAAAUGAUGAGGGUCUCAGGGGCGAUGUCGAGCCGCAGUGGGUAGUCAAAUACACCGCCGUUGUCAAAGAUAGGGGUGUUGUGGAAAGUAAAGGCUAUUUCGCCGUAGCAGAGUUGAGGGACUCAUGAGGAUGCUUUCUCACGGCAAGAUUACGAUCACACGAAUCGACUACACGACUUGCAUCUCUCCAGUUACCAAGUUUCAUGUGUACAUAUGUUGGGGUCUGCUCACUAUCUCCUUACAUGUUCUUGUGUAUGGCAUUGUAUGCUGAAUAGACGCCCAAGAUGCCGCACCCCUUACACUUCAAGGAUGCCCCGCCCGCCCCAAGAUUCGCUCCUAGUAACGGGUUGCCGCACUUCUUACAUGUCGGCUCAAGGAUGCCAAUGUUAUCGAUUUCCACAGAUUUUGAUGGCGAGCGAUCUGCUCCGGUCUUGCCCCCCUUAUUUGUGAAUUUGGUCGAGUCAGACAUAGUGGUUCGCUUGGUGUUGGUAUCAGGAUCCUUGGAAAUUUUCAGGCGUUUGGAAAGGAGUUGAAUGAUCUCGCUGGUAGGUAUGUGUUGUCGGUAAGAAGUCGUUGGGAGCUAUGCGGUAUAUAUACAUCAAGUC